UAGAAUGAAUCACACAAAAUCUACACACUAUCUGAUCCAGCGAUGCAAUAAUUACUGAGAGCAAAGUGUUGACAGCUUAAAAGGGGUAUCAGAAGAUCUCUCUGAUUCCAUACCAGUUUUUAGUUUCUUUUCCUUUUCUUUAAUUUUCUUUGCAGACUACAAAUCAAGAAACACAAAAGAAAACACGCAGUAGUAGGUUUGUAAGAAAGAUGGGAAGCAAUUAUUAUGGAGAAGGAAACCCGGGGAAUGAAAGAGGUUCAGGGUUUUCAUCUUCAUCUUCAUCGUCUUCGUCAUCACGAAAAGGGAAAAAGGGCAGUUCAGAUAAGCCUAAGCAGCCGCAGAGAGGACUUGGGGUUGCCCAGCUUGAGAAGAUCAGGUUGCAUAGUCAACUGGGCUCCAAUUAUCUUCCUCCUGUUCAUAACCCUUAUGCCCCCAGUUUCAGCCAGGAGGAUAUCAGGCUGCAGACAGCCUACUCAUCGUCCUCUUCGUCGUUGUCCCAUUCUUCGUCAUCCUCACCUUCUAAUUAUGGCUUUCGGGGACCCCAUGCCGUCGUGAUGGGCUUGCCAGAUUUAGAUAGGACAAAUAUCAGAUAUGGAGAUACCCAAUCCAGCAGUACUAUUUCAAGGUUCUUGAUUUUGAACUUGCACUUAAACCAGAUGGCAUUCGGGCAAUGCAGGCUUGGGAACUCAACAUUUCGUGGAGCCAAGCUUGACUACUAGGCCUUUCUUCCAGCCCACAAUUGAGGGCUCAAUCAACAAGAACAAGCAAGAUGGGAACAAUCCGAUGGGCUCAAGUAGUCAGAACACUGAAUCCAGUAGCUCUGAAGACAUAGAUUUGGAGCUCAGGCUUUCGCUUUAGUUAAACUACUACAUAACCAUGAUUAUAUAUGCGGCCUGGUUGACAGAUUUCCUGCUUACAUUUGUAAGUUGACCAUCAAUCUUUAGUAAAAAUUCGGCAAUCUGCACAAGUUUAAGAAACAUGAUGUGCUUGAUUACAGUUCGAUGUUGGAAAGAAUGGCAUUGAAACUCAA